AUGUCUUGGUACCGAAGAACUAAGCCCUUCCUCGUCACCUCCAGGAGAAACAUCAUAACUUCUCCGAGGAUUUCGCCGGUUUCUCCCCCUUCCAACGCUUUCUCGACUGUUCAUCGGAAUGGGUCUUCAAAUCUAUCAGCUAAGUUUUCUGGGUUCUCCAUUUUUUCCCGCAAAUCAGGUUUAAGCUUGUGUAACUCUAUCGGGAACACGAACAUCAAUGCCUGCAACCGGUUUCUGAGCAUUCCCAGGAAGUUUGUCAGCUUUGAUAGUCGCCAGGUUCAUCCUUUCAAGCCACCGGAACAGAGACGGUGGUUCCGAAGGCCUGCGGCCGUGUUGAUGGCGGUGCUUGUGUGUUCAGGGGUUUUGGUCACCGUGUAUUGUAUGAAUCUAGAGACUGUUCCUUACACGAAACGGAGGCAUUUCGUUCUUUGGCCGAAAUCGAUCGAGAAAUGGCUUGAUGAAUCUAGCUUUCAGUCUCUAACAUCUGGGUACGAGGGGAAAAUACUCCCUGCGGAUCAUCCUGAGAGCAUUAGGGUUAAAUCGAUCGUGAAGAAUAUCAUCCAAGGGAUGCAGAGAAGUUUGAGCCUGGAGAGUGUGCGAGCUCAUGUUAUCUAUACGGAAAACGACGGAUUAGUUAAGGAUGCGGCAAUGGGACUGAGCGAAAACUGCGUGGAAGGGACAAUGAGUGGGAUGAAGGGGUCUGAAGAUGACAUAUGGAUUCAGAAAUGCAGGAAGGUGGGUAGAGAGAAAGGAUCACAACCCGCGAUUUCUCACCUCGAGGGGUUGAAUUGGGAAGUUAUCGUGGUUAAGGGCUCGGCCGCUAAAGCAUAUGGCUUUUCUUUUGGGAAGAUAGUUCUAGUUCCUAAACCCUAA